GUUACGUUUAUUUUUAGAUCCACUAGACUUGGCUACGCAUUUUCCAUUUUCCUAGUGUCAACCAUAGAAGUAACAGCGGCGAUAGGUGGAAGUGUUUUUCCUGAAUGGAAAAGUGUGUUUUUCUGAAGCAAUCAAAAACAUCGAUCAACAUUUUACAUACAUUUUUAAUUUUGUGACUCCAGAAACAGAAGCAGCAGAAAUAUGGAAGCAGCUAGCAGUACCGAUCGGCAUCCGGCAGAGCUGAAGAAACAGAUGCGUGAGGACAAACAGCGUGAAGCCAAGAUCCAGGAACAGCUGAACAAACAACUAAACGGCUUAUCGCUGGAGGAGAAGUUCAACCUCGUCCACAAACGGUUAAUCGAUGCAGAGAAAGAAAACAAGAGACUGACCACGCUGCACAAGCAGUACGAACGAAGUCUGGAAGCAAGCAAAAAGGAACGCGAGAGUAUGAUUCUGGAGCAUAGCAAAGUGGCCAUGACCAAGAGCAAACUGGAACAGCUGUGCAGGGAACUGCAAAAGCAGAACCGGAUGAUCAAAGACGAAAGCAUGACAAAGAUCAAGGAAGAGGAAGAGAAACGCAAGGAAACACAGGCCAAGUUUCAAAAGUCGCUGAACGAGAUACAGUCCGUUAUGAACGAAAAUAACGAGAAAAAUCUUCAGUUGAAGGAAGACAACAUGGAAAUGGCUAAGAAAUUCAAAUUUAUCCUUGAACAGUACGAGUUGCGGGAUCAGCAAAUGGACAAAAUGAACAAGCAGAUGGAUUUGGUGACUCAGUUGAACGAAGCAAAACUUGCAAAGGCUCAAAUGGAAGCCAGUGCCGAGAAGGAGAAAUUUUUAGCAGAGAAAGAAAUUAUUAUCACUGAGCUGACGAAGGUACGAAAACAGCUGCAAGAUUUGCAAAUGGUUGAAGUCCACCUGAGAGAACAAGUUAAUAUGUAUUCCGAUAAAUAUGGGGAGUUCCAGGAUUCGUUGAAGAAAAGCCACAACAUUUUUGUCGGGUAUAAGGGUGACAUGGAAAAGAUGUCGAAAAAAAUUAAAAGUUUAGAAAAAGAAACAUCUACUUGGAAGUCCAAAUGGGAGCGCAGCAAUGCCGCACUGCUUGAGCUUGCUUCGGAAAAGCAGAUUCGCGAUGAGCACAUCAUGAAAACGGCCCGGCAGUUAUUCCAGUUGCAGAAAUUGUGCCGGACGCUGCAAAAUGAACGGACCGCAUACUUUGGGGCACUGAAAGAGAAUAACAUUGAAGUGCCGGAAAUUGUCGAAGUUCCCUGUCAAAUGCCAGAACCGGAGCCAGUUGCGGCACCCUCUAAGAAGGAAAAUGAUCGAUUGGAGAUAAUGACAAAAAAUUGCUCAGCCUUGAAGGAAAACUUGGCUGCCCUCCAAGGACAGUUGAGCGCCAUUCAGUCACAAGCUCCUGAAGCGAAAGCUUCACAAAAUGGAGAGCUAAUGACCGGCUCGAAACCUACAUCUGACACCAAUGGUCAGCAGCAGCAGCAACAACAAGGUAAAAAGAACAAAAAAGAUAGGAAGGGAAAAAAUGUGGCAACCUCGAAAAAAUCUCUGAUAAAUGAAGAGAAACCGGAAGAGAAGCAAACCGUUGUGGUGAGCGAAGAAAAGGCGGCUGAGGAAAAGCCAGCGGAGAAUGGUGUUGCUUUAACCAGUAACGAAGACACCCUCCAAGUAGAUAAAAAGACGGAAGAAAAUGAGGAACCAUUGGAGGUGAAUUCUCCGGAACCGGAAAAUGAAAAGCACUCAGAAACACAAGAAGAGGAAAAGACUGUUGUUCCCGCCGUUGAGGAAGUGACUGUUAGUACGGAAGCAGUGUUAUCAGUAGACACUGCGGAGGUACUUCAACAGACAGUCACAACAAUUGCGACGUAGACAAUCAACAUCAUACCAGCCAGACUGUGUUGUGGUUUAGGUUCGAUUAUUUAUUUUGUUUUUUAAAUUUGUGUAUUUGUUUUCACGACAUCAUCUUCACGGUUUCGCAGUAGCCUUGUGAAGUAAGAAGCUUUCAUUAUCACCAACAGAAAAAAAAUUCUUCGUUUGUGUAAGUUUCUAUUUCGAAGUAACUCGUCCACGUUUUAUUCUCCGAUCAUUCAGAUAUUAUCCAAUACAUACAAAGAUUUAUUGAUAAAAAUCAA